GAAGAUGCUCCUAAAUCAAAGAAAUUUAAGUUGUUGAUCGAAGAAAAUAAUAUAUUGGUGGUAUGUACGAGCAACAGACCAGCGAGGAUGAGAAAUGGUGUGUGGCAGUGGUGAGUGGUGACCCUGGCCAGUCUUUGCUGGGGUGUUGGGUGAGGUGGAGUGAUGCAGGGCGCGCUGGUGCCUGUGAAGGACUUUUGACACAGAAAUUUCGUAUCGUCAGCAUUGAGACCAAGCAAAAACCGAGUCACCUUAUUGGUCGACAAGAGAUCACCAUCAGCCCUCCCUUUGGCCCAGAGCUUCAUUGAUUGUGAUUGGACAGCUGGCUUGGUGGGUGACCUGACCUGAUCUCAACCAAGCCAACACGAUUUACGUUUUCCUCGUUGACAUUGGCACCAUGAUGACCUCUGACAUGAACCUGGCACUAGAGAGUGUUGAGGUACUGAAGGGCGCAAUGCACAAUGCUGUCAAGGUGCCCCAAAACACACAGGCACAGGUGCAGGGGUGCCUCAACAUGCCAGCCACCUACAAUACUGUGGUGGCACGGACACAGUUAGCACACCAGUUUUACGAGCACGUCAGUGAGGUAGCCAGAAUGUGUUGCCAACUUGUUCAUGACCAGCACCUGCAGCAGCAAGGCUGGGCAGCAGUGGUGGCCAGCUUGGAGGACAUUGUGGCAGCCUUCAGAGCAAGACAUGACGCAUUCCAGCAAAACUUUGUGGAGUAUCUCAGUGGCCGGGAGGAGAAGGUUGCCCUGCUUCAGUUAGUGUAUGAGUGUGUGUCUGUCUGUCACUACUACUACUACUACUACUACUGCUACUACUAGUUUUGAAGAGGACCUGAAGCUACUGGCAAGGAUUCCAGUCUUCCCUGAAUUCUUUUUGGGGAAGACACAAGAGGAAGAGGAAGAGGAGGAAGCUGGGAAGAAGAGGACAAGCACAGCACAGAAGAAAAGGAGGAAGAGCAGGAGGAUGAGAAGAGGGCAGGAGGAGGAGGAGGAGGAAAAAGAGAAAUGAGGCAAGUGUCACUGCUGGACUGGAUCAGCGCCAAGGACAGCCAAAGUGACGUCAGACAGAUUGCCCAACUCUGCUGCAGGGGACUGGCCCAGAUCAACAAGGGGCUGCUGAAACUAGUGGGGCAAGAGGUCAGCGCUGUGCUUCGAGAGGCAGACCGGCCACAGAUGAAGGGGCUCGGUGAGCACCUGUGUGGCCUGGAGCAGCUCAUGCAUGAUGCCGCCUACAUGGUGCAGGAGCAGAGCAAUUUCUCACAGAAGGCCAACUUUUGCCCAAGAGCGAUGCCCCCAGAGGCCCCCAGACCAGCAUUCCUCAAGUCUCUCCCAAGACACCACCUGCCAUGCCAUCUGAAGAUGCACAACGUGGCUUUGCAGCACACCACACCACAGGCCGGUGACUCCCGUGCACCACUUGAUAGGGAAUGGUGUGUCUGUUGGCAAGGGUGGUGCUGUGAAGCUGGUGGCACAGGGGCUGACCAGGGUUCUGCAGAACAGCACACCACAGCAGCAGCAGCAGCAGCAGGAGUAUUGUGUGAGGGAAGACACAGCAUGUUGAGGCAAGGCAGCAGCUGUGGAGGAGUGGACAGCUGCACCACUGACACCACCACCACCACCACUGCUCAAUGCUGCUGCUGCUGCUACUACUACUACUACUACUACUACUACUACUACUACUACUACUACUACUACUACUACUACUCUACUACUACUACUACUACUACUACUACUACUACUACUACUACUACUACUACUGCUGCUGCUGCUGCUGCUGCUGCUGCUGCUGCUGCUGCUUCUGCUUCUGCUGCUGCUGCUGUUCCCCUCCUCCUCCCAGCACAGAAACAGACUGUGGGGUCCUGCCACAAUGCGGCUCUCUCCUGCAGGACAUGUUCUCGUCACCUUCAUGUCCCGGACGCGUGCAUAGACUUGUGCCUCAGUAGCCUGGCCGCAACAGACUGCAGCUGUGUGCUGUGCUGUGGCUGGCCAACAGGAGGGGGCGGGCAAGCUGGCCACCCUCUGCAUCACCACCUGCUGGGGAAAGAAGAGCACCGUUGUUGUCAUCUUUGUUUUCCUUCUUUUUCCUUUUGUUUUCCUUCACUGUUUGCAGGGAAUGGUGGCAGAAUUUGUUGAUGUUGUUGUUGUUAUCUGUUUGUUAUUAAAUGAUGUGUUCAUUGUGUUGUUGUUAUUGUUGUUGUUUUGUGUGUGUGAUGAACAAAAGCAGUCCACAGUUA